GCCAGGCGUCAGGCAGGAGCUCAGUUCUUCAUAAAAUCAUAGUGAAGGAUUCAAUCAUACAAUCGCAGUGAUAUACUAUAGCUAGCUACAGGUAGUGCCUACUAGUAGAUCAACAACAAAGCCAUGAAGCUUGCAACCGCUAUUGUAUCUCUUUUGUCAGCAGCCUCAGUAGCUGCCGAUGGGACCACACACAUCCGUCGCUCCCGUCGACUAAACCAGGACUCCUCUUGCUUGGAGAUCACCGCCCUAGGUGUGCUAGGAGGACCUGUCACCGACAUGGGCUUGGCUCAGUCCUCCACUCUCAUCACAUACGGAACUGUCAACGAUAACUGCACUAGUGGUGUCAAGCUCCUGUUUGACAUUGGUCGUGGCGCAGUCACCAAUCUUUCAAAGAAGUGGAACUUUGGAACCAAGGAUAUCGAUGCCAUCUUUAUCACACACAUCCACAGCGAUCAUGUCAAUGACUUGAGCAUCUUCUUGCAAAAUCUAUGGCAUUUCAACGGAAACCCAGUUGAUAUUGUUUGUGCUCAGGAUGCCCUAGUCACCGCCAGCGAUGGCAGUAGUCGAACCAUGAGCUGCCAACAGCUCAUCGAGCACAUUGAUGACCCUUUUACAGCAUCAGGGGAGAUUGCCCAACGAAAAGCAGAAAAUCCAGCCCGCAAUCCAGAGGGACCAUCUGGUUUGGCCAACACCAUUUUGUUUCCUCCAGCAGAAGAACCAGAACUUGUCUGGGAGUCGGGUGAUGUUCAAGUGAAAGCUAUUCGCACCAAUCAUGUCGGAGGGAGCGCAGCCUAUCGUGUUGACACCCCUGCUGGAAGUGUGGUGAUUUCAGGUGAUGCCAGCAAUGACAAUGGAGAUCCCAUUGCCCGUCCUUACUCUACCUCUGAUCAGGUUGAGCUACUUGCCAACGGUACUGACGUUCUUGUUCAUGCAGUCAUCCAUCCCACAGCACUACAAUCGGCUCCUGGUGAACCCGGACUGCCUGCGGCCAUCUACAAUCGCCAAAGCACUGCAGAAGAUGUGGGAGCCAUGGCACAACGUCUCGGAGCAGCUGGUUUGAUUCUCACUCACCAAAUCCCUACUGUUGGGUCCAACCGAUUCCAGAAUCCUCUCAACAAGAACGACUAUCGCAAGAUCAUUGCAGAUGCUGGAGGUUACACAGGAAAAAUACUGGUUGCCACUGACAUGGACAGUGUCCGCAUCCCCAAGAAUCAAUCUUAAGUAUAUUUAAAAUAAUACUGGCUGCAUGCAUGACUAUGGA